CGCCGCGCGCGCCCGAGCGCACGCGCGAUGCCGCCCGCGCUGACGCCGAACGCGAUAUCCAAUAUUCUCGAACAGACCCACGGAUCGCAGGACUUCAAACCCAUCGUCCAAGUGUUCGAUCUGAAGGAAUUGAAAACCAAACCCGACGCCGACGACGCCGCGAAGCGAUUCCGCGUCCUCGCGUCCGACGGUGGAUUCGCGGCGCAGGGAUUGUUCGGGGCGGAGUUGAACGCGAUGUGCGAGCGAGGGGAAAUUACGAAAUUCACGGUGCUGCGGUUGAGAGAGUACAUCGUGAACGAUCUGAACGGGAGACGGAUUUUGAUCGUCAUGGACGCCGAGGUGAUGGAUCGGUACGACGCCGUCAUCGGACAGCCGCGGGUGUGGCAGCCGGGGACUGGGACGAACGCGUCGACGGGGAUGAACGCGGGGGGGAUGCAACAGCAAAGAAACGCGUACGGAGGAGCGCCGGCGGCGCAGGUGGAAGGCUACGGGUCGGGUGGAGGGAACGGCGCGAAUCUGGCGACGGAACCGCCGCGCGCGAGCGGUGGCGGGUACGGUGGCGGCGCGCCGGCGGCGCAGGGGCAGUAUCGUCGAGAUGGUGGCGCGGUGGCGCGCAAUGAGCAGCCGAGGUCCAUCACGCCGAUCCAUGCGUUGAACCCGUACCAGAACCGUUGGACUAUUCGCGCGCGAAUCACGACUCCGUUGGAGUUGCGCUCGUAUUCGAAUGCGAAAGGCGAAGGUAAGGUGCUCGGCUUUCAAGUGCUCGAUGCCGACGGAACGGAGAUCAAGUGCGUGUGCUUUAACGACACCGCCGUGCGCCUCGCGGGGGAGUUACGUCAAGGCUUGGUGUACGAAAUUUCCAAGGGAGCAAUCGUCACGCCGCGCGACCCGCGGUACGCGAUUUAUCAGUACGAAAUUAAGUUGGAUAACCACGCGACGUUCGUGCCGUGUCCAGACGCCGAACGCGACAUCAAGAAGAUGGUAUACAAGUUCAAGAAGCUUUCUGAACUCGACGCGCUCAACGCCGGAGAUAUGGUGGAUGUCAUUGGCAUCGCAUACUCUGUGGGUGAUUUGACGACGAUCAUGAAGCGCGACGGUUCCGAAACUUCGAAGCGUUCUGUGAUGAUUCGCGACGACUCGGACACAUCCAUCGAGUUCACGCUUUGGGAUCCGCACUCAGUCGAGAUUGGCGGGCAAAUCGAAAGCUUGAUCGCUAGCGGCGAAAAACCCGUCAUCGCGGUGAAGAGCUCUCGAUUGGGCGAGUUCCAAGGCAAGAACAUGGGCACCGUGAGCAGCACGAUGGUAGAAAUAAAUCCCGACAGUUCCGAGGCGACGCGCAUGCGCGUUUGGUUUGAUCAAGGCGGCGCCGAUAAAACUUUCAACUCCUUGAGCGGUUCUGGCGGUGGCGGCGGCAAAGGCAGUGGUGAAUUGCUCUCGUUCUCGACUGUGAAAGAGAUCGGUGAAGAACUCGUGGCUAAAAAUGAGGGCGUGGCGUACCUGAGUUGCUGCGGUAUCAUAAAGCACAUCAAACUCGGCGCGGAAGGUAACUUCUAUCCCGCGUGUCCGUUGCUUAAUGGUGAACGCACGUGCCAAAAGAAGCUGCGUAAAGAUGACUCGACUGGUGAAUGGAAGUGCGAACGUCACGCCGGUGAAAAAAUCGAAGCCGCGGAUUGGCGUUACAUGUUUAGCAUGGUUUGCAUGGAUCACAGCGAUGAGUAUUGGGUGAGCGUUUUCGGUGACAAGGGUGACAAGAUUUUCGGGAUAAGCGCCGCUGAAAUGAAGGAAAUCUACGACCGUGAACCGGAGCGAUACGAAAACAUGAUCAGUGACGCACUGUUCAACGAUUACUCUCUACGCGUUAAGGUCGCCGUUGACAACUACACCGACGUACCCCGCGCCAAGGGCAGCUUGGUUGAAAUCGAGCGCGUCAACUACGUAGACAUGAGCAAGAAGUUGAUCGGCAAGAUUGCAAAGCUU